CAGUCUUUUGACUGACCUGCAGUUGCAGCACCAGCUUGUUAUCUGCAGUUGUGCUUCAAGAGUCUGUUCUGGCAUCAAAACUGAGAAGAUGGGAGCGUAUUUGAUUUUGGUGGGUCUGCUGUAUAUCUGCAGCCUCUCCUUUGCUCAAGACUGUAAUCAACAGCUUCUGGAGAAUGUGGAUUUCCCAGGAACAGACAUCACAUCUCUCUACUCUCCCGAUGCUGAGCACUGUCGGCAGCUCUGCACCGAGCACUCCUCCUGUCUCUUCUUCACCUUUAUUCGGGCUGACUGGACCAGAGAUAACAGGCAUUUCUACUGCUACCUCAAGAGCACUUCCACUGGACAGCCCAAAGUUCGGACAUCACUGCUGGGUGUCACCUCUGGAUUUUCUCUGAAAUCCUGCAUUCACGAGUCACAGCCUUGUUUGUCUAAGGUGUAUCAGAAUGUGGACUUCUAUGGUGCAGACUACCAAGCCUUGUUCACAGCGGACUAUGAGGGGUGUCAGAGAGAGUGCACACAGGAUCCUGCCUGUCAGUUCUUUACCUUUGUCAAUGGGGUCUUCACACCAGAGAAGAUCAGGUACAAGUGCCACCUUAAAUUCAGCUGGGCAGUUCCAAGGACUCCUACUGUAGAAAAAAAGGCUGGAGUAAUAUCUGGAUUCUCCCACAAUAUACAAAUGUCUCAACACACAAACACGGCAUGUCAGGGCAAGCUUUUUCCAAGCACUGACAUCCCAGGAAGCAACCUCUUGGCUCUGCCUGCAGCCUCUCCUGAGCACUGUCAGUCAUUGUGCUCUGCUCACCCUUCAUGCACCUACUUCUCUUUUGUCAGUACUAACUUUAAUUGUCACCUGAAGGGAAACAAAAAUGACAUGGUGAUGGUAGCUAAACUAGGAGUCACAUCUGGGCUACCAGCACACUUCUGUCAGCUGAAUCACAGCUGGGUUAAGACCGUUCACGAUGGAGUAGAUUUCCGAGGUCCAAGCAUUCGCUAUGAGAUGGUGGACGAUGCAGCCACAUGUCAGAGGACCUGCACUGACGAUCCUAACUGCCAGUUCUACGCCUAUGUCACUGAAAGCUUCUUUGACAGAAAUUACUGGCGCCGCUGCUAUCUCAAUCGUGUCAUCACCAUGCCUAAUCCUCCUAAAAUUACCAAACUGGACAAUGUUGUGUCAGGCUUCCACCUGAGGAACUGUGUGUAGAGUGCUACACAAACACAAACACAAACACAAACACACAAACA